CAACCAGAAAGUUUCAGUGGUGUUAUCAAAGGGAGCAAUGGCAGCCACUAGAUUAAUGCGCACGUUUAAGCCAAUGACUUUUCAUUCCUCCUCUUCUUCUUCAUCUUCUCCGCCAUCAACGGCCCUGAAGUGUUUGAGCAAGGGCAGAAGAAUAAACGGAGAGAAGGGACUUACUAGGAACGAUAAUGAUAGUCACGAGAGGAAGCAAAUGCAUGCAGUAGCUGUGAAGGCGUCGGCAACCACGUUGGCAGAACCACAAGUCGAGAAUCGGGGAGGAUUACUCGUAGAAUUGGCUUCCCUGGUCGGAAGGGCCAACCGUGCUUUGCCCAUUCUACUGAGAACGGCUCUCAGACCAAAGUCUUUGAGACAGCAAGUCCAGAUGUUCAUUGAAAGGGGGAUAAUAGACUGUCGAUUCUUUACAUUACUUGCAGUUGCGGGAUCUUUACUCGGUUCAGUACUGUGCUUUGUAGAGGGUUGCUUUAUUGUUCUAGAGUCAUAUUUCCAGUAUUUCCAUGCCUUGUCACACAAGACGGAUCAAGGCCAUAUGGUGCAUCUUCUUAUUGAAGCCAUUGAUAUGUUCCUGGUAGGAACCGCCAUGCUUAUUUUCGCAAUUUCCGUAUGUUUUGUAUGGCCUUGCUUUCGAAUAUUUUUUCUGUCUGCGCGAGCUGCAUUUGAUUCCGUCAGUGUGUGCCCGGCUCGCGAGAGAGAUAAUGUAUUGAUUUUAAGCUGGAUUUGA